CAAAGGAACAGGAACGUGCUGGAGACGUCCAUUGUCCGCGAAGAGCUGAUCAUUUGUGGUUACAUAAGAUAUCAGCCAGAAACGGAUGUGAAACAAGAGUGCCGGAACAAGGACUGGUUGACGUUUCUUCCCCGGAAGCGACGGCUGUCCAAUAAAAGGCCCGCCAUGAUUCAGGUUCGCUUAAUUGUCCCCAUACUUCCCUUUGUUCUUGCAUUGCUACUCCCUCCCCGGUUACUAUAAUAAUCACGAACUAACGACUUUAUAUACUACCCUUUGUCCCAUUAUUGGCCUUGCCACUAUGCCAGUCUCUAUCGAUAUCGUCACUCUCGCGCCUACCCUUGACAUGUACGGAGAUCCGGACUCUUCCUCUGCAUACUCGCUGUCAGGCCAUGUCACUGUUUCAUUACAUUCGUCUAAUUCCAUAUUCGAACGUCGUCGAACGACAUCAUUUCUCCUCCAGUCCCUCGAACUUACCUUUGAGGGCCAAUCCGAAAUAGUCGCGCCGGAUAUUGGCUACACUGGUGUUCGACUAUGCAGUAUAACGCGUCAACUCGCGCCUAGUGAGUCUUUGGAGCUCUCAAAUGAAGGCCAGGAGGAAUCCCAUGCGCCUUGUCGUUGGAACGUGGUAUUUAAUAUUCCGAUUCCAGGAUGGCUUCCUGCAUCUUCACAGUACGGCACUGAAGACAUGGGGACAACGUAUGCGCUUUAUGCGACCGCCAAAUUCCUAGACCUAGAUAACACCUCGCCGUGGUCAUUGAGCGCGUUAUGCGCGCCGUUUCGCUCAAGAGAGAGGGAGGUUCAUGCCGAGAAGAUCGUUCCUCUACGUCGUUUUGUGGAUUCCCAGUUCUUGGACUCCACAGAAGUCCCUCGGACGACAUUCCUCGUCAAUUCGAAGAGAACCCCACCUAAAAACAACGAGGACCGACCCCGUAUACCACAAGAAAUCGUCUCAAAACUCCAAAUUCUUGCAUCUAUUCCUGAAUACGUGGAUGUUAACGAAGACGCCGUGGAUUUGACGCUUCGUAUGAGGGCUCACGGCCUGGAAGAAGAACAAUGCAAGAAGCUCCAACUCUCUGCCUUUGCUGUUAACGUUCUGCAAAGAGAGAAGUACCGGUAUCGACCUUCAGCGGAGUACCGGCGGCGCUUUCCCCUUCCGUCGGAUUCUGAACAGCCUCCUAACAUUCCACUUCGCAGCUGUCACCGACUGGGUUACCUGUACGACGGUUUCUACUCCCCUCCGAUCAACAGUGAUGCAGCGCAUAUCCGUACCGCCUCUCUUCUUCCGUCCGAAGAAAAUGGAGAAUACAUACUCGGCGAUCACAACUAUGUUUUCGCACACAAUGCUCCUGGAGAAACUCCAAUCUGGUACACUUUGCAGACUAGCAUCCCUUUCAUCUCAGAUCCGGACAUUAAGCAGGAUGAAUCGUCUGACUGGAUUGGUCCGCCAUGUCUUCGGCCAACGGGUUCCUCGCCAUUAUUGACUCUCCGUCACGAAGUUUGUAUAUCUUUGAUGAUAACAUACGAUCUUCCUGAUCAAAACCAACAAGCAACUGAGACGCUUACCUUUGCCAUCCCUCUCCGCUUCGCUCAUGUUCCUCCACCUCCGCCUCCGUCGGCACACUCUUCUCCACUACCCGUUCUAUCUCAAUCUAUGAUCAUUCCUUCCGCAGAAUCAUUGCCAGCCAUCUCUUCCGGUUAUUCCGAGACGGUACUUCCCGCCUACUCACAACUUUUCUAUUCUAACGGUGACCGUAAACUCGAUUCCACCCCUCUUCCGCUAUAUACUGCACAUGAACAAUCGUGUCCUUCUGAGUCGACCUCGGCCAAUCCUGAUGAACCAUGCGAGCCAUCUGACCGAGGUCGCAAAGUUGAACAUGUCGAUGACGAUGAUAACUCAAGUGAAACGACGCCACUAUUAUGAUUUUAAUACCCUCGCUUUGCAUCUAUCGUACUCUUUUGGCCUUCUGUCUAAUCUUGUUUUCGCAUUCGCAUUGACAGGUUUGUUUCGUGCAUAUUUUGACAUCUCUGUAUCCAUGAUAUAUUUUUGAUCUUCCUUCCCUACAUACUUAUUAUACAAAAAGGUAUUUGGAUAUAGCGCUCAUAUGAGUUCUUAAUUUCUGUAGUUACCCUUCAAACAAUGAUUGUAGCAUUUAUGGCUUGUAUCAUACUCACUCCCACGUCAACGAACUUGAUAUCAAGGAAGAUCAGUUCAGCGCUCUAGCUACGAGUUCCGCAUCUACGAAGCCGGACUUGUCAGGCUAGCCGCUACAAGUUCGCGCAUGGUUACUCAUGAAACUGAUUAAUCAAGUCCCAUUGUUCAUUAUCACUGCGCCAG